AGAUCUGUGUACUUCUGAUUUCACAAUUCAGCUUAAUUGCAGGUGUGCUUGUUAAAACAUGCCUGCUUUGGGAGCUGUGCCAGACAUAUAUUAGCUCUGUUUGGGAGGUGUGAGCCUUUAAGGCUUACUUCCCCCAGAGCUCGCUUAAGUUAUAAGAAUUACUGAGUUCCAUGAGUGAUGGCACAUUUCUCUACGAAGUAUGAAAUAAUUCAAUAAAGAUGGAGGGAAUGGUGGGAAUGAGCAACAGUUACAAAAGUCCUGAAGCCAUAGAUUAUAGUAUUUCCUCACAAAAUUCAGCAAUUAUAAAUUGUUGAACCGGAAACUACACGGAGCUAAAAUCUGAACCUCCUGACGUGAUAAAGGUUUGUUUUGUAUCCUAGUCUGUUGAUUUCUUUGCUUGUAAAAUUGCUUAUUUCACAAACCAUGUGGAAACCCAGCAGUGACUUAUAAUGAAACAGAAUUAUAAUAGAAAUAGUCCAAUAGUAGCAUUUUAUUUUGGGCAGGAAAGGAAAAGGUCAAUUUAUCUGUCACGUGAAGACUCAGGAAAGUAAUUGGCUCUUCCUUUCCUUCUGGUUGCCUGAUAAAUAAUGAAUAUGCAAAUCUAAAUUAACUGAAAUAUUAGGCCAUGUACAGGCAUUAGAGGGCUCUGUAAUUAUUUCAGCAUAAGCUGGGGUCAAGCACAGGAAACUAGAGAUGCUGAAAACAAGGAAUGACCAUGACAGAACUAAGAUAAGCAGAGAUACGAGAAGCAGCCUGAACAUUGGAUACUGGUCACUUCUGGCAAAAACCUAGCAGCAGUCUCAGCAGGUGGUCAUGAUUGUGGGGGCAGGCAUAGAAAUAAUCUUAUCUUUAUAUUAAAUUUAAGAGGAUGAGACAACCCACACAAGUGGGGCAUGAAUUCCUUUUCCUACAGGCUAUUUUUUCUGUUGCAUCUUGUGGUGGGUUGACCUUGGCCAGCUGCCAGCUGCCCACUCACCUGUUCAUUCCUCCUCCUCUCUUUCAAUGGGACAGGAGAAAAUAAUAUGGACAAGCUUGUGGGUCAAGAUAAAAAAAGGGACGUCACUUACCAGCCACCAUCAUGGGCAAAACAGACUUGUGGAAGAUUAAUUUAUUGCCACUUAAAGAAGGUUGGGUAGUGAGAAACAAAACCAAAAUUAAAACAGAACCUUCAGUUUGCUCAAAUCUGAAACAAUCCUUUGGUGUCUAGUAUCUUCCAGUACAGGAAGCUGUUCUUCUUCAGUCUGCUAAUAAAGGUUCUGCUCUCAGACUGGUAUAUUCCCUAUCAAAACUUAAUGAAAAAUCAACGAGAAAAGAGCUGUUUCUUCAGAUUUCCAAAGGCUUAAAAAUUAUUGAAGUAUAAGGGGAAAAAAAAAACAGAAAAAAAAAGAAAGAAAGAAAUGAAGUCUUGCCAAGGGGUGGGUCCCAAAGUAAGUAGUCUCUCACUUCCCAAGUGUGGCACAGUGUCUUUCUUAGUCUUCCUACCUAUGUGGGUGGAAAGGAGACUUACGACAGUGACUGAGCACAAGUGCAAAUCAUCUGCUAUUGAUGUUCCACAAAUGAAGUGGCUUUCUUACCUUCACCACAACUUUUUGUAUGCCUCUUGUUUGAACACUGGUUCCCUGCUUCAGAUUGGCUGGAUUUUCGUAUAACGCCUGGAUCUGUUUCUGCAGGAAAGUUCAUCUACCAGCCAUAACCAUGAAGAUUCUUAGCUACCUCCUAGCUUACCGAAGGUUUCUGCUCAUUGUCCUCACCCCACUGCUUUUACUUCCACUUCCACUUAUCAUCAAAACCAAAGAAGCAGAAUGUGCAUACACAUUGUUUGUAGUUGCCAUCUUUUGGCUCACAGAAGCUUUGCCGCUGGCUGUUUCAGCUUUGCUUCCUGCCUUUAUGUUCCCAUUGUUCGGCAUAAUGGAAUCCAAGCAGGUGGCAUCUGCUUAUUUUAAAGACUUUCAUCUGCUGCUGAUUGGAGUAAUUUGUUUGGCAACAUCAAUAGAAAAAUGGAAUUUCCACAAAAGAGUGGCUUUAAGAAUGGUGAUGCUGGUGGGUGUCAACCCUGCAUGGCUUAUGCUGGGCUUCAUGGUUAGCUGUGCUUUCUUGUCAAUGUGGCUCAGCAACACCUCUGCUGCUGCCAUGGUGAUGCCAAUUGUAGAGGCUGUAGCUCAGCAGAUCAUCAGAGCUGAAACAGAAGCUGAUGCACUGGAGAUGUCAUGCUCUAAUGGCUCUGUCAACCCAGCACUGGAGCUGGACGAAAGUAUAGGAGAAUGUGAAACCAGUGACUGGAAAGAGAAAGAAAAACAAGUUAAUGGAUGUGACAACAGUGUGGGAAGUACUGUGUGCACAAUUGAAAAUGAAAACGAAAAAGAAAAGGAGCAGCAGAACCUUCCACCUGCUGAAACAGGGGGAAAAAGCAAGAAGGACAAAUACAGUGGGGUUUUCAAAGUGAUGUGCUUAUGUGUUGCUUAUUCUGCUACCAUUGGAGGGCUGACCACAAUCACAGGAACAUCUACUAAUUUGAUUUUUGCUGAGCACUUCAAUACGCGUUACUCAUCUUGCCAGUGCAUCAAUUUUGGAUCCUGGUUUAUCCUUUCCAUCCCCAUCACAGUCAUUAUUUUGGUGCUCUCCUGGGUCUGGCUGCAGUGGCUUUUCCUUGGGUUCGAUUUUAAAAACAUGUUCAAGUGUGGCAAGAAGAAAACACCUAGAGAAGAGGCCUCAGCACAGGUGAUUCAAGAGGAGUACAAGAAGCUUGGAAGGAUGAGCUACCCAGAAAUUGUUACACUUAUCCUAUUCAUUCUAAUGACCCUGCUGUGGUUCACCAGAGAGCCUGGCUUCAUCCCAGGAUGGUCUUCACUUUUCCCAAAGUAUAAAGGCUAUGCUACAGAUUCAACAACUGCCUUAGUGAUAGGCAUCCUGUUCUUUAUUAUUCCAGCAAAAACAUUGUCUAAGACUUCAAACGGAGAAAACACUGUUUUUGGUUACACUCCACUGAUUACUUGGAAGGAAUUUCAGUCAUGCAUGCCCUGGGAAAUAGCUAUUCUUGUUGGUGGUGGAUUUGCACUGGCAGACGGCUGUGAGGUUUCAAAACUUUCUGAAUGGGUAGCAAGUAAAUUGACCCCUCUAGGAUCAUUACCCUUGUGGCUGAUUAUCCUGAUAUCAUGCCUUAUUGUCACUUCAGUAACAGAAGUGGCCAGCAAUCCAGCUACCAUUACGAUAUUUUUACCCAUACUGUCUCCUUUGGCUGAAGCCAUUCAUGUGAAUCCACUUUUCAUUUUGAUACCUGCUACCUUGUGUACUUCCUUUGCAUUCCUGCUUCCUGUGGCAAAUCCAGCCAAUGCUAUAGUAUUUUCAUACGGUCAUUUAACUAUUAUGGACAUGGUGAAAGCUGGUUUGGGCAUUAAUAUCAUCGGAGUUGCUGUAGUUAUGCUGGCAAUCAUGACGUGGAUAGUGCCUAUAUUCGAUCUCUAUACUUACCCAAGCUGGGCACCAGUCAUUUCUGCUGCAAAUAGCACUGGGUUGUGAAAAAAAAAAAUAAUCCUGAGGAUUAGGUUGUAUUGCUUUUGUUUCUUUUUAUUUCCAUUGAGAUGUGGUGAGUCAUUGAAAAUGCUUUUUGUCACCACAACAACAGGAAUCCACAUUACUAUAAGUGCCGUAUUUUACAGUCCUAGAGACUGAUGAUCCAGUCUGAGCGUCUGAUCAGGGAGAGCGCUGUACUUUCUCAAUAUCAUAAAGUUAGAUCAAGUUUCUAAUCUAGUUCAGCUAGUCUGAAUGUUUAUAUCUUCAUGUUAUGAAGGAAAAACCAAACAUGCGUAGCCAUUAUCACUGGCAGUUCACCCCCACUCUCAGGGUAGUGGAACAAUGAGAUUUAGAUUUUAUAAUUUCAAAUACCUAUUAUGACUAUUACUUUGGUGAUGUUGUCCAAGAACAUAUUUGUUUUCUCUUUUCUAGACUUAAACAUUGUUUGAAAUGGUGUUGUUCACAAACGAAAGAUCAGACAGGGGAUUGUCUUGAACACACAGUUUACAGACCUGUCAAAAGUGCACAGAAAAUGGAGAAGAGUAGUAUGACCACUUAUACAGCACUUUAUCUGUUAAGCACCUUGUAAUCUGGAAGGAGAAUAUGUACUUAAGUAUAUUUUUAGUCUACAUCCUUCCAGGACCUCACUGAAACAUGUUGUUAUUCUUGUCUUUUAGCAUUAUUCUGAAUAGACAUGUAUUGAUAGAUCUGAGUUGAUUUGUAUAAAUGGAGACUAAUUUAUUAUCAUACCUUUCUGCCAAAAAUAGAGAUAUAUCCCCCCUUGAUAAAUGAAAGCACAAGAUAAAAUUCUGAAAAUGUGAUGCUCAAUGCAUCAAUCAGGACUGCAGUGCGUCUUCACCAGGAGGCUCAUGAUUUCUACAGGACAGGUGGCAGUUAAGGUUUCUAGACUGUGUUAGAGUAAAUACAAACCAGUGCAAUGUAGUAGGAAGGGAAGGUUGAAAUUCAAAAAUAUCUUCAAAUAAUGAUGUUUUAUAUGGUUGUUACAUGUUUUUCACUGUAAGGACUACAGUGUUGUUCUUUUCACCUGUUGGGAAGGCCUGUGACAAUCUGUAAAGAGCAUUUAGUUAAUAGUCUGAAACAAAUCUGAAUAUAUUUAUCUUGGGUCACUCCCUGGGGCGCUUCUAUGAUGGCUGUAAACCUUAAACUGUCUUUUACAGAUACUGUAAUUUAUCCUAACAACAGCAACAAAGAAGUACUUUUGGUUUUUUUGAUUAGAUGGUUCACAUCUAUUUUUAUAGUGCAUAUUUAAAGUAGAGAUGUCAUGACUUCUAAAAUGCCAGAACACAGUGUACAGGAUUGUUGUACAUGUAGUUUGCUUCCAUUAGCUACUGGUUGCAGAUUCUGCUGCAAUUAGUUACAAAACAAGCACUUUUUCUUAAUGAUUAUGUUUUUGUCUAAGUAAUUGUAUCUGUACGUGCCACCACAUUUUUCAGCCUAACUGAGGCUGGUAGGCUG